AUGUCCGUAGGGAGCAGAGCACUUCGCCCUCCAAGGAAGCCGGGAGGUCCGCUCGGAGCUGCGCAUCGUGGACCGCGAGCCACCUGGAACUGCGAGUUUUUGACAUUCCAAACACGAGAGUCAAACACGAGAGUCGAACUCGUCCUUUCCCAACCUUGGCUCAUGCAUGCGCAUUGCCUGGCUAUGGCGGAGACGAAACCGGACGAGGUGCUUUCAUUGCAACCUCCUGACACACUGCUGUUGCCGAUGCCGAUGAAGGCUCCGAGCUCCCCACCGCAGGCUUCGGCCGUGGUCUCCCCGCCCGUGAUGACCCCGCCGAGCUCAGCAAUGUCUCCCAAGUCCCCGAAGUCUCCGCGCUGGAAGCGCUUCGGGCUGGCAGUGGGUUCCGGGAACCUGAGCUCUGGAAACUCCGUGAUGGCUGCCGAAUCUGAGCAGCUCAAGAAGAAGCUCAUCACACGCCUGGUGGAGAAGGGUGGAGCAACUUUGGAAGAUUUCUACUGGCAGGACGGAUGUGCACAGAGAGUGGCUCGAAGUCCUUUAUUCCAUCAUGCGACUCUGUUCAUGAUCGUGCUCUAUGCAGUGUGGAUUGCCGUCGAUGCUGAUGGCAACCCUGCUUCUGUGCUGGUGGACGCUCCGCUCGAAUACCAGAUCCCAGAGCAUGUCUUCUGUACUUAUUUCUUCGUCGAGUGGUUUAUACGUUUUCUGGCAUUUCAGUCGAAGCGCAUGGCAUUGCGCGAUCGCUGGUUUGUCUUCGACACCGUGCUGGUGUCCUUGAAUGUAGCUGAGACAUGGGUGCUGACCAUUGUCUUGGCCUUGAGCCACAGCAAUGCGGACACUGCCUUGGGUGGGACAUCCUCCCUGCGUUUGAUCCGUCUGAUGAGGCUGUCCCGGCUUGCCAGGACCGCGCGUCUGCUGCAGUUGGUGCCGGAGCUUAUGAUUGUGGUCAAGGGCAUGGUGGCAUGCCUGAGAUCCGUCGUGGUGACCGCCUGCCUGUCCCAUGCCUUGUAUGGGCUCUUCUGCACGCUCUAUGUUUUCGGCGUAGUUCUCAAGCAGAUGGCCGAGGACAGCGAAGGCCAAUCCAGGGCUGUAGUCGUCCGUAACUCUAACUUCAUCUUGACAGGAUUGCAUUCCAGCUCUGUGCUGCACUGUUUCAGGUGGCCGCAAGUACUUCUCCAGUGUCCCGCUCCUCAGCUCCAUAGCCCGCCGAAGCGAGGUGUCGUUGAGCGGCCCAGGACGUUGAUGGAACAUGGUUCUUUAGCUGCUCCAAAAGAUCGCCACGAAUAA